AGCCCAUCCCAUCUCCCCGACGCCGCCCGCCCGCCCGCGCAGAGCUCGAUCCAUGGCUUAGCGGAGGAGGCGGUGGCGAGCGGGGGAGGGGGACUCUUAUUUUGUUAGGGGGACCGGGCCGAGGCCCGACCGGCCUGGCAGGGCUCGCCCGGGGCCGGGCGUCAUGUCUCAUGCGGCCGAGCCAGCUCGGGACGGCGUAGAGGCCAGCGCGGAGGGCCCUCGAGCCGUGUUCGUGCUGUUGGAGGAGCGCAGGCCGGCCGACUCGGCCCAGCUGCUCAGCCUGAACUCUUUGCUUCCGGAAUCCGGGAUUGUUGCUGACAUCGAAUUAGAAAACGUCCUUGAUCCUGACAGCUUCUACGAGCUCAAAAGCCAGCCCCUAUCGCUACGCUCAAGCCUCCCAAUAUCACUGCAGGCCACACCAGCCACCCCAGCUACACUCUCUGCAUCAUCUUCUGCAGGGGGCUCCAGGACCCCUGCCAUGUCGUCAUCUUCUUCAUCGCGGGUCUUGCUGCGGCAGCAGCUAAUGCGGGCCCAGGCCCAGGAGCAGGAGAGGCGUGAGCGUCGGGAACAGGCUGCAGCCUCUCCCUUCCCUAGUCCUGCACCUGCCUCUCCUGCCAUCUCUGUGGUCGGCGUCUCUGCUGGGGGCCACACAUUGGGUCGUCCUCCCCCUGCUCAGGUGCCCAGGGAGGUGCUCAAGGUACAGACCCAUCUGGAGAACCCGACGCGCUACCACCUGCAGCAGGCGCGCCGGCAGCAGGUGAAGCAGUACCUGUCCACCACACUUGGGCCCAAGCUGGCGUCCCAGGCCCUCACCCCACCACCGGGGGCUGCUAGUGCCCAGCCACUUCCCGCCCCUGAGGCUGCCCAUGCUACUGGCCCCACUGGCAGUGCUCCCAACAGCCCCAUGGCACUGCUUACCAUCGGGUCUAGCUCAGAGAAGGAGAUUGAUGAUGUCAUCGAUGAGAUCAUCAGCCUGGAGUCCAGUUACAACGAUGAGAUGCUCAGCUAUCUGCCUGGAGGCACCACGGGGCUGCAGCUCCCCAGCACGCUGCCUGUGUCAGGGAAUCUGCUUGAUGUGUACAGUAGUCAGGGUGUGGCCACGCCAGCCAUCACUGUCAGCAACUCCUGUCCAGCUGAGCUGCCGAAUAUCAAACGGGAGAUCUCUGAGACAGAGGCCAAGGCCCUUUUGAAGGAACGGCAGAAGAAAGACAAUCACAACCUGAUUGAACGUCGCAGGCGAUUCAACAUUAACGACAGGAUCAAGGAGUUGGGCACCCUCAUCCCCAAGUCCAGUGACCCGGAGAUGCGCUGGAACAAGGGCACCAUCCUGAAAGCCUCUGUGGAUUACAUCCGCAAGUUGCAGAAGGAGCAACAGCGCUCCAAAGACCUGGAGAGCCGGCAGCGAUCCCUGGAGCAAGCCAACCGCAGCCUGCAGCUCCGAAUUCAGGUCAGGCAGCCAGGCUGGCUUAGCUGGCUCCUCUACUCCAGUGGCUCUCAAGAAGGUACAAUCAGGGGAGGUGUGGACAGGACUGAGGACUCAUCUGAAAGCCAGACUGGGGAAGAAUCUGCUCCAUACUUGCACUCACAUGCAACUGUUUGGGGCAGUUCUCAGUUCUCUGCAGCCUGUUAAACAGAGGGCCUCAGUUCCUUGCUGGCUGUCAGCUGGAGGUGCACUCAGUCAUUACCAUGUGUGCCUUUCCUUCCAUGAGGCAGCUCACAGCAUAUGUACUUUGCUUCAUCAAAGUCAGCAAUAGAAGAGUCUGCUAGCAAAACAGAAGUUACUAUCUCUUGUAAUCUAAUCAUGGAAGUGACAUACCCUGACCAUUGAGGCAUUCUGUUGGUUAUAAGCAAGUUACUCACGGGAGAGGAUUACACAAGAUCAUGAAUAGCAGUAGGACCACUGGGGGGGACAUCUUAGAAGCUCCCUACCACAUUGGGUUGAGCUGUCAUAUCUUCUUGGUCUCCUCGGACAGUUUCUGUCUGCCCAUUGAGAAGGCCUAGACAUUGUGCUAUUCCAGAAGCAACAAGCACAUCUAGUACCUACAUCUUGGUUUCUAAAUGCCAUUCUCCAAUGAAGGGAACCAGGGCUCCUUGGAGAAAUGGCUGACUUUAAGGCCAGGGGAGGGAAACACAUGAUGAGCCUGGAGCACUGUGUGGUACCAGAAAGUAAGGAAGAAUCUAAACAAAAAAAGAUGGGAGUGUGUCAUAAAGAUGCAGGAGCCAACCUGAAAGAACUCCCAAUAACCAAAUAUGGAGCAAUUUGAGCAACAAAAAAAUGGUAGUGCUGUAUUGUAGUCCAAAAACUAAAUAUCCAUGAUUCCAUGCUUAUAUAUAUCAGUGAUAUAAUUGGGUAAGUAAAUAAAUGCUGGAGAUGGGACAACUCUUGCUUGCAUUAGAAUUCCAAAUAAUAAAUAUAGAAGGAAUGAGAUAAAUAGAAAAUUACCAUUAGAAUACCACAGUAAUACUUACUGGGGAGUGGAUCCACAGCUAAACGCUAAAUGUUAAAAUUAGUGGGCAGAAGAGAUAAACCCACGCACAUAUGAUCACCUUAUUUUUGAUAAACGGGGCAAGAAUAUACAACAGAGAAAAGACAGCCUCUUCAAUAAGUGGUGCUGGGAAAAGUGGACAGCUCCAUGUGAAAGAAUGAAAUUAGAACACUCUCUAACACCAUACACAAAAAUAAACUCAAAAUGGAUUAAAGACCUAAGUGUAAGGCCAGACACUAUAAACCUUUUAGAGGAAAACAUAUGCAGAACACUCUAUGACAUACAUCACAGCAAGAUCCUUUUUGACCCACCUCCUAGAGAAAUGGGAAUAAAAACAAAAAUAAACAAAUGGGACCUAAUGAAACUUUAAAGCUUUUGCACAGCAAAGGAAACCAUAAACAAGACCAAAAGACAACCCUCAGAAUGGGAGAAAAUAUUUGCAAAUGAAGCAACUGACAAAGGAUUAAUCUCCAAAAUUUACAAGUAGCUCAUGCAGCUCAAUAUCCAAAAAACAACCCAAUCCAAAAAUGGGCAGAAGACCUAAAUAGACAUUUCUCCAAAGAAGAUAUACAGAUGGCCAACAAACACAUGAAAGGAUGCUCAACAUCACUAAUCAUUAGAGAAAUGCAAAUCAAAACUACAAUGAGAUAUCAUCUCAUACUGGUCAGAAUGGCCAUCAUCAAAAAAUCUAGAAACAAUAAAUGCUGGAGGGGGUGUGGAGAAAAGGGAACCCUCUUGCACUGUUGGUGGGAGUAUAAAUUGAUACAGCCACUAUGGAGAACAGUAUGGAGGUUCCUUAGAAAACUAAAAAUAGAACUACAAUACGACUCAGCAAUCCCACUACUGGGCCUAUACCCUGAGAAGACCAUAAUUCAAAAAGUCAUGUACCACAAUGUUCAUUGCAGCUCUAUUUACAAUAGGCAGGGCAUGGAGGCAACCUAAGUGUCCAUCAACAGAUGAAUGGAUAAAGAAGAUGUGGCACAUAUAUACAAUGGAAUAUUACUCAGCCAUAAAAAUAAACGAAAUUGAGUUAUUUGUAGUGAGGUGGAUGGACCUACAGUCUGUCAUACAGAGUGAAAUAAGUCAGAAAGAGAAAGACAAAUACCGUAUGCUAACACAUAUAUAAGAAAUUUAAGGAAAAAAAUGUCAUGAAGAACCUAGGGGUAAGACGGGAAUAAAGACACAGACCUACUAGAGCAUGGACUUGAGGAUAUGGGGAGGGGGAAGGGUAAGCUGUGACAAAGUGAGAGAGUGUCAUGGACAUGUAUACACUACCAAAUGUAAAACCGGUAGCUAGUGGGAAGCAGCCGCAUAGCACAGGGAGAUCAGCUCGGUGCUUUGUGACCACCU